CCUAACAAUCCCUCCGUUUGCGCAUGAAAAAUAUAUGGCAAGCUGCCGGUGCCGCUUCAUCUCGUAAUCUCCCUAAUCCGAUUAUCAAAUCACCGCCGACGCCCCAGUCGACCACUCACUUGGGGCUGCUCAACUUGCAUUCCCAGAUGACUGAUUGUUGUGGUGAGGAUGGAGAGAGCGCUGCACCGGUUAGAUGUCAACAUGGCCAUAACUUCAACCUCAAGGAGCUUAAGCCACUAAUUCUCUUUUCAAGGCCUUUAUCCAGUGACAGCGCUCAAGACCAGAUCUUUAACAACUUCAGGCUGGAUAUUGGAUCAAGAACUCUGAUGUCGGUAACUGAUAAGUCACAGGCAUCCUCCUCCUCCUCACCUGUUGUGCUUAGAGAUAUUGAUCCGUUGUUGAAGGAUUUGAAUGAGAAGAAGCAGAGUUUCAGGCGAAACGUGGUGUCUUUGGCGGCGGAGUUGAAGGAUGUUAGGAGCCGUCUAGCAUCUCAUGAGCAGUGUUUUGCUAAAGAAACCCUAACAAGACAGGAAGCAGAGUCAAAGGCAAAGAGGUUGGAAGAAGAAUUUCAGAUGUUGCAGAAGAGGUUAGAGGAGAGAAAUGGGCAGCUUCUAACUUCUACUUCUACAGCUGAGAAGUACCUCAAAGAGUUGGAUGAUCUUAGAUUACAACUAUCAGCCACUCAAGCAACUGCUGAUGAAAAUGCUGCAUCAGCUCAUUUGGCACAGCUUCAGUGUUUAGCACUGUUGAAAGAACUAGAUGAGAAGACCAGUUCUUUGAAAGAUCAUGAGGAUCGUGUGGCUAAACUAGGAGAGCAACUGAAUACUUUGCAGAAGGAUCUCCUAGCGAGGGAAUUUUCUCAAAAGCAACUGAAAGAUGAGGUUCUGAGAAUUGAACAUGAUAUUAUGCAAGCUGUUGCCAAGGCUGGAGCUAACAAGGACUAUGAACUCCGGAAACUGUUGGAUGAGGUUUCUCCUAAGAAUUUUGAGAAGAUUAACAAACUUCUGGUUGUUAAGGAUGAAGAGAUAAUGAAACUGAAAGAUGAAAUCAGGAUUAUAUCUGGCCGUUGGAAGCUAAAAACUAAGGAAUUGGAAUCACAAUUAGAGAAACAGCGGCGAGCUGAUCAAGAGCUAAAAAAGAGGGUUCUGAAAUUGGAAUUCUGUCUUCAGGAAGCUCGUGCUCAGACAAGAAAACUACAGAGGGUAUGUUUAUAUCUUGUUUCCUUUCUAAAACAGAUGGUUGCAGGUCUACUACUAAUAAGAAUUCCACAUCUAUAGUUUUAUACUCCUUGUUUGAUCUUUGCUUUAUAGCCAGAAAUGCUUGACAGCUCCCUCUGUCCAAUGCCUUCAACAACUUUUCGAUGCUUUUUGAUCGGUUAGGCGAAUUUCUAUCUUUUUGCGUGGGGUGGCCCCAUUUUACCAUGCUAAGCCACUAAUGUUCUAGCAACUUGGUGGUCCAAUUAGUAAAAGAAUCUUAUGGGUUUGCUGAUUUAAGAAAAAAAUUAUCUUGUGUUCGUCUAAGCACCUGUUUGUGUUGUCUUGUAUUCGGCCAACUCUAAACGUGGCAUAUGCUGUAUAUAUUUUCUUGACCUCCCAAGGCUAUGUAGUCGUCAAUCACAGUGCUGUUUCUGCAAAACUAUUAUGUGUUUUUGUGAGUUACUUUCAACUGCACUGUCAUGCAAUUAAUUCAUCAUAAGUAUUUUGGCAGGUGGGGGAGCAUAGGGACAGGGCCAUAAAAGAACUUAAAGAUCAGUUGGCAGCUAAACAAGGUGGAACUGUUGGCACAGAGAAACAGAAAUUCUGGGAAACUUCAGGUUUCAAGAUUGUGGUUUCCGUGUCAAUGUUGAUCUUGGUGGCGUUUUCAAAGCGAUGAAUUCAUUUUGUAAUCUAGCUCUGUUGUGUAUAAGCAGGAAUACCAAAGAGUAGGGCCAUUUCCCUUGUAGAAAUGCUCCUAGUACAGAAUAUCUUUCUCUUUGUAACGUCAGUCAAAAUGCAUGUUCAUAUUCAUUCUCCUUUUGAGGAUAGCAAAAAUUUUGCCCAUAUGCUGAACGUAUGCAUGACACUAGGUA